AUGGCUUUAUUUAUCCAAAAAUUUCUUUUUAUAUGUGCGUUGACGUUGCUAUUCGAAGACAAUGUUCUUGGAAGAUCUGUGAGUAUUACUAAUAGAUUGGAAACCGGUAAGGACUUAACCGUUCACUGCAAAUCUGCUGAUGAUGAUCUUGGAGUUCGUGUUCUUAAGUUUGAUGAACACUUUCAUUGGUUUUUUGAAAAUAGUUUUAUUGGUAGAACACAAUUCUAUUGUUCCUUUAAGUGGGAUGGUGGUGAAUUGAAAUGGUAUGACGUAUUCAUUCAAGGUAGAGAUCGUUGUGAAAGUUGCAGGUGGUUUAUAUCGCAAGAUAAACCAUGUAUUCUACGUAAACGGGGUUUAGUUUGCUAUCAGUGGAAUAAGUAA